ACAAUUGUGAGCGCCUAGCGGUGACGAUGCCACUCUCGGCAGCGACAUGAGGGUUCUUUGAAGAAUCCUCCACUUGUUUAGUGUUAUGCAUUACUCGUCCGAGUGGCUACUGCAACUUCUUCAACGAUUCCUCAAGAACUCAGCUAAAAUCCAACAAAUCCACGCCCUUUUAAUCACCGAUGAUCAUCUCUUGAACAAACCCCAAGCUCCCUCGAAUCCGAAAUGGAUCAGUAGUCUUCUCUAUAACGCUCUGAUCAGAGCCUAUUUGAGCUUCAAUCGGCCUUGCUCCACGCUAAUUCUCUACACCCAAAUGCUUGCCCACCGCACCAAACCCAACGCUUAUACUUUCCCCUCAAUCAUCAAAUCCGCCACCAUUUCUUCCCCUUUGCUGGGCAAAUUGAUCCACGCACAUGCUGUCAAGAUUGGCGUUGUGAGCGAUCCAUUUGUGCUGACAUCGUUCGUUAGCUUCUACGCGGAGCUUCGGGAAUUGGGUAAUGCACGUAAGGUGUUCGAUGAAAUUACUGACCCUUGUAUUGUUGCGUUUAACUCUUUGCUUGAUGCGUUUGUCAAAAAUGGAGACAUGGGCUCUGCUGUUUUGAAGUUUAGGUCCAUGAAAAAGCGUGAUGUGGUUUCUUGGACAAGUAUUGUUCAUGGGUUCUGUUGGAAUGGGCGAUUUCUUGAGGCGAUUGGGUUCUUUGAGAUGAUGAUGAUGAAUGGUGAAGUGAAGCCAAAUGAAGCUACGUAUGUGAGUGUGCUUUCUUCUUGUGCUAAUUUAGCUGCGGAGGGAGUUCUCUGUCGUGGGAAAGAAAUUCAUGCUUACAUUAUUAGAAACGAGGGUGAGCUGAGUGUGUUUAUAGGGACUGCGUUGGUGGAUUUUUAUGGGAAAAUGGGAUUGUUGGGAAGUGCAAGAACAGUUUUUAACCAAAUGAAGAACAGGGAGCUCUGCGCUUGGAAUGCAAUGAUCUCUUCCUUAUCCUCCAAUGGCAGAGAAAGAGAAGCAUUGGAGCUAUUUGCUUCAAUGAAGGCUGAAGGAAUACGUCCUAACGAGGUUACAUUUGUUGCGAUUCUUACAGCGUGUGCUCGUGGCAAGCUCGUCGAAUCGGGGCUGGAGCUAUUCCGAUCGAUGUCGAACGAUUUCUCGAUUGUACCAAUUGCUGAGCACUAUGUCUGUAUGGUUGAUCUCUUAGGGAAGGCAGGGCUUUUGAGAGAGGCAACUGAAUUCAUCGAGUCCAUGCCAUUUCAGCCUGAUGCAACUGUUUUGGGAGCCCUUUUGAAUGCUUGCAACAUUCAUGGAGCCACUGAACUGGGAAAUGAAGUAGGAAGAAGAUUGCUUGUGAUGCAGCCACGACAUUGCGGACGGUACGUGACUUUGGCGAGUAUUAACGCCGGAGCGGAGAAGUGGAGUCAUGCUGCAGUUAUAAGACGAGUAAUGGCCGACGCUCGGAUUCAGAAGGCCCCAGCUUAUAGUAGAGUAGAUCCAAUGCAAAAUUUGGUGCCAAUGUCCUCCUCUUGACGUUGAGACUACAAGGUCGAGGCCAACUCGAGCCAACCAUAACAAAGGUAAUCAAGUAUCUCUACAACCUCAUGAAAUCAUCACAUGUAGAAGACAAGUGGUUGGGAG